CUGCCAUCGCCGAACCACAGCAGGAGACGGAGACGCACAUAAUACCUCACAACCCGAACCCUCCCGCUCGUCCGCUCCGCCAUCGACCAAUUGGCCCCCCGCUUCUCCGCCCGUGCCUCGUGUAGAGGCGACGACGACGACGACGACGAGUUCCAUCUCUCAACCCCUUCUGCCUCUUCAGCGGCUCAGCAUCUUCUGUCUCUCGCUACGCCGUACGAAACGGGGAGCGGCAUGCCGGCCCAACGUUGAAAACCCCUCCCCACCCCUCCGUGUCGCUUCCUCUCUGGGCCCGCCACCAUGAGCGACGUCACCACGGCGCUCACAUCGGCUUGCGCCUACAAAGCCCGCGACGACGAUGGCCUGAAUCCGCGCUCCUCGACGACCGCCGCCGUCGCCUCCGGCUCCGAUCCCACCACCGGCGACCCGGACCCGACGACGAGGCAGCGCCGCCGCCGCCACUCCUUCUUCCUGCCUCGCCGCAAGUCCAUCGUCGAGACCAUCAUGGACGGCGAGGAGGGCCUGCUGCUCAAGGUGGACCUCUUCCUGUCGGAGCUGGAGCGCCGCCUCGACUUCAUCGAGAGCUACGGCGACCUCGGCUGCGACUACAGCAUCUCGCGCGCCUUUUCCACCCUCCAGGCCGUCCGCACGCGAUGCUCCCAGGCUUCCGAGGAGGUGCUCGGCGCUGGCCGCCGGCGCCUGCAUGUCAUGGUCGAGACGCUCGAGGCGCGCUACCAGGAGACUCUCGAGGCCACCGAGUCGCUGCACGAAAAGGCUCGUGUCGGCAUCGACCUCCUCGAGGGCAUGCUCUCCGAGUUUGAGGUCCGCGCCUAUAAGCUGCGCGAGCAGGGGCUCGCCAAUGCUGCCAACGCCGCCGAGGCCUUCAUGGGCGAGGGCCGUCGCGUUGUCGACGAGGGUAUCGAGCGCGCCCGCGGUGUCGUCGAUGAAGGCAUCGAGCGUGCCAUGCGCGCCGCCUACUCUCUUGAGGAGCACAUCCAGCAGGCUGUCGCCCUCGCCCGCGAGCGCCGCCUCUUGCUCUACGAUGAUCUGCCCAUGCCCUGGCGCAACAACCCGCACAUCAAGCGCGGCUACCGCUUCACCGAGACCAAGGUCGAGUGCGUGCGCUCCAUGUUCAACAUUUCCAACGAGUCGUUCAACAUCUGGUCCCACGCCAUCGGCCUCGUCCUCGUUCUUGCCGUCGCCUUCUACUUCUACCCCAGCAGCGCCAACUUUGACCUCAGCACAAAGACGGAUGUCUUUGUCGCCGCCGUCUUCUUCGUCAUGGCCUGCUUGACUCUCGUGUGCUCCACCAUCUGGCACACCAUGAACGCCGUCGCCGACGUCGACGCCAUCUCCAUCUUCGCCUGCGUCGACUACACGGGCAUAUCCCUCCUCAUCGCCGCCUCCAUCAUGACCACCGAGUACACGGCGUUCUACUGCGACCCCGUCAGCCGCUGGACCUACAUGUGCCUUACCGCCUUCUUGGGCGUCGGCGGCGUCGUGCUGCCGUGGCACCCGCGCUUUAACGGGGCCGACAUGGCCUGGGCCCGCGUCGCCUUCUAUGUCGGCCUCGCCCUCACCGGCUUCAUGCCCAUCCUGCAGCUGUACUGGACCCACGGCCCGGACUUUGUCCUCAACUUCUACUCCCCCAUCAGCAAGUCCAUCCUCGUCUAUUUCGGCGGCGCCGUCGUCUACGCAAGCAAGAUCCCCGAGCGCUGGUGCCCGGGCAUGUUCGACUACAUUGGCGGCAGCCACAACCUCUGGCACGCGGCGGUCCUCGGCGGCAUCCUCUUCCACUACACCGCCAUGCAGCAAUUUUUCGCCAACGCCUUCCACCGUGCCGAGGGCGGCUGUCCCGCGUACUAGCCGAAGCGGCUGUCGGCGCUGCCUAUCUGCGCAUGCCCCCUCGCCUACGCCCGUACGCUGUUGCCGGCGGCCCGCUGCCACCACCGCCCGAGGGAAUGGGGCGGCGUGCGUGCCCGGCAUCCCAAGCCGGAUGGACGGCGGCGGCGACGAAGACGACGACGAUGACGACGACGCGCGCCAUGACGACGCAUGACGGGCCGAUACAAGAGUCUCACAAGUGCUACGACGACGCACAGACCCGUCCGUUUCAGUGACAUACAUGGCCAACGAUAGGAUGACGAGUACCUCCGAGGACACACGAGCCACGAACCGGGUCAUCCUUUUUUGCAGACUUGGCAUAUUUCUGUCUUUUUUUCUCCUUCUGCCUGUUGCAUAGAUACAGCGGCGUUUGUUUGGGUAUCCUGCUUUUUUUUGUUCUGUUCUGUUCUUCUCUUCUUCUCCGUUGCACCCCUGGGCAUUUCUCGGCGAGUUUUUCUUUGGUAUAUGUACAUAUUGAAAGUCCGAGCGACGAUAACAUACGAAAGACGCUCGCGUAGAUGAAAGAUCACCAAAAAGUAUUUCAACAUACGCACGGGCACCUGAGUUGGUCCAAUUCAAUGUGCCCGCUGCCUAGACCUUAUCAACCACCCUCUCUCUCUGCCCAUGUGUCGCACCGCGUCG